CGACAGUCAGCUCAAAUACCAUUUGGAACCAUAUAUAGUAUUCUCUGUUUGAACUCUGCGUUUGAGGACUCCAGAGAACGAGAUCUUGUCAUCUGGCAUCAUGCUCAGCGUUGGUCUGAUUGGGUCUCGCGGAUUCAUGGGCUCGGCGUUUCUACCCGCCUUGACGCAAGCUUCGCAUCAAGGUAAACUCCGACUCGUACUUCUCCAUCGGCCUGGAUCAGAUACAUCGAGCUUCCCAGAGAACGUAGAGAAGAGAAUGAUCGACCUGGCCAAAGGAGAUGUGGAGGAUAUUGCGAGAUCCGUAGAGGGAUUGAACGUUGUCAUCUCCGCUAUCACUGGCCGAAAUGGCGGACAUCAACUCCAAAUCCCACUUAUCGACGCUCUCGCUUCAUCGAAAGACCUCUUGAUAUUCUUCCCGUCAGAAUACGCUACGCCAUUCCGACAAGAAGAUCUGGACCGUUCAGAAUUCUUGAGACGCAUGACAUGUGGGAAAGCAGCCAUCAUCGCACAUGCAAAGGAACGCAAGGUUCCCGUGACGAUUCUGAAGAAUGCUACCGUUCCUUUCUUAUUGUUCUCCUGGGACGGGGCCAAGUUCAGGCCGAAGGAGAACUCUUUGAAACUUUACUCGCCUCGAGGCGACGGGACGAGAGGCUUGACGUCGAAAGACUUUUCCGGGGCUGCCCUAGUCCAUCUGUUACUUGAUCGACCGGAGACAUUACCGAAUGCCACCAUAUCUCUAGUGGAGCAUUCUUUCUCUUCUCAACUCCUCGUUGAUACCUUUACCAAGAUCCACGGUAGACGACCAGAUAUUAUCGAGACGACGGAAGAAGAUUAUCAACGUGGAAUCAAAGAGGAUGGAUUUGGGUCGAUGGGUGCAGCGUCUGAUAAGAGUUUAUCGGUCGGUGUGGAUUGGCCAGGGGAAACCAUCGAUUCAGAGAGCUUGAGUAGGACUGGAAGAUGGGAUACCAAAUCAUUCGAGGACUAUGUCAGGGAGAGCUUGGACAAUUGACUUAGGGGCACUGUCGCGGGAUUGAGCAGAGUACGAUAGCUGCUUGGAUGCAGAGGGAUCAAGUAGAGAUGGAGUCCUGAAGUCUACCGCGCGGCAAGACUCAGCUGUCAGGCGGAGCCCCUGUCAUGAGGCAGAACAGUAAGAUGCUUUCGGUGUCAUAAGCAUCAUCUGCUUUGUGCAGACGCUGAGCAAAGCUAGCAUUGCCAUCUCGAAGAUCCCUCUGAUACGAGGCGCUGGAGCAUGCUCCCUGCUACAAGGCAGCAACGAGG